AUGCAGAGCCAAACUAGACGAGUAAAUGCAACAUUGAGAAAAUGUACGGAAAUGGAUGCUAUGAAUCGUCUUUAUAGUAUUCAGUUAAUUGAGCAGAGGGAACGAAUAGAAAAUUUAAGAAGAAAAUUAAAUUCUUACAAUAAAAAUAUAGAACAACAGGAAAGUAUUUUCAACCAUCUUAUAAAAUAUACUGACGGAUUUUUAAAUAAUAUAAUAGCCUUCCUGGAAAAUCUAACAUACGCAAAAAAAUUUAACUUACUAACAAGCUGCUCGAGAUGCUACCUUGUCGAUGACAAGGAUGAGAUAAACCUUGUGAACAACUUCAACAAAGCGAGCACUUGUAUAUGCAAAAAGAUCAAGUCCAGAAAAUCAGUUAAUAACAAAUGUAAAAACACCAUCGUAUAUAAUAAAACUAGCUUUUACGUAGAGGAAAAUACUAAUAGAAAAAAAAAUAAGAAAAAUAAAAAUAAAUAUAAAAAGGACUUGAAAAAAAAGUAUUUACAGCAAAAUGAAAAUAUAUAUAAUCUUCAUAAUCCUUACGAUACUGUCGAAGUCAAGGAGUUGUAUAACAUUUACAGAAAACAGAGUUUAAGUUCUUGCGAUAACUACUACAUAAAUUAG